AUGCAGAAGGCUCCAGGGAGAAAGGAUGUCCCCAAGGAGAAGAGGGUCCCCAAGGAGAAGAGAGUCCCCAAGGAGAAGAGAGUCCCCAAGGAGAAGAGAGUCCCCAAGGAGAAGAGAGUCCCCAAGGAGAAGAGAGUCCCCAAGGAGAAGAGAGUCCCCAAGGAGAAGAGAGUCCCCAAGGAGAAGAGAGUCCCCAAGGAGAAGAGAGUCCCCAAGGAGAACUGUGGGGAGGAUUGGUUGCACCACAUCCAACACUGUCUGUGUCCCAAAAGUAACUGGUUGGAUUUCUCCCUGGACAGAAGCAUCCUUUGUGUGUGUUGCAAGGAUGCUGUGGCUCGUGAGGCUGUGACGUUUCAAUGGCAGAUGAACGUCGGGGUCAGUGAGGACAAUCUGCUCUUCUCCUGCUCCAUCUGGAGGCCCCAGGGGAAGUCUUAUCUCUUCUUUACCCAGUUUAAAGCUGAAGUGAAAGGAGCCAAGAUCGAGCAUGCCAUGGCUUAUUCUCAGGCUGCAGCGGGCACACAAAGUGACAUCCCCUUAAAACAGGAAGAGUUUGAAGUCACCGAAACAACAGUGUCUCACAGGGAAGGGAAGUUCCGUUUUGAACUGUCCAAACUCAUGAUUGUAGCCAAAACGCCCCGUGACGAGCUGUGA